AUGCAGGAUUUGAAUAACGCGUAUAGCAAGAACCCCCGAAAUAAUAGCACAUCGAGAUCGUACAACCAGCAAGGAUUCACAAACAUCAACCAGAGUAGCAAUCCAGAAGGUAUGGAUAACGAAUGGAAUAACUUGAGGAGUGGCUCAAGCCACACGUUUAGGAAUGCAAAUAAAUCUAACGAAAACAACAGCUUUUCCUCGAUGAAUAAGAAGAGCCACGUAAUGGAUCAAGGAAACUGGAGGAAAAAAGAAGACGGCAAUUCACCUAACUAUAGAAACAAUAACUUUAACAGUAACGAAAUGAAUACCAAUAUGAAUAGCGCAGAAGGAUCCAAAUAUAAUUAUAAUAAAAAUAUGAGCAGCUCGGAUAAUUCAAAGUAUGGUUUUAGCAGGAAUUACAAGAACAGUCAUAGUAAAAAUACGAACAGGAACAACUCCCUCAUGAAAAAUGCAAGCUCCGGAAUCAGUGCAAAAGGAGUGAACAAAAACACUAACAAUAAUAGUAGUAACACGAAUAAUGGUAUUAGUAUCAGGAGCGGCACACCGUCAGCCAGUAGCAAUACCAUGAACAGCGCGAACGGUGUGAAUAUCGCCAGUCCAGAUAACUACACAAAUAGCGAAACAAUGCCAAAUAAUCAAAACAAUGCGAAAAAUUCAAAUCAAAAUGAUUUCACAAAUAUGGGGGGAAAUUUUAACAACAAUUUUAGCAACAUGAAUAACAAGGCCUUUUACGAAAGUGCAAAUAAAAAUAACAAGUUUACCAAAUCGGACAUGCAAAGUGGUGCCGGAGGGGUUAACUUUAGUAGUAGCCCAGAUGGCAAGAAGAAUAUCAACUACAAGAACAACCAGUACAGUGGGAAUUUUAAGAAUGAGGGAAGUGGCAUGCCAAAUAGAAAUAUCAACAUGGAUGAAGCAAAUCAAAAUAUCCCCGCUGAAUUUAAUCCCAACAUGAAUUAUAAUUCGAUGCAAACGAAAUAUACUACACUGAUAGAAAAUACUGCGGAGAGUAAGAAUGCGAAUUCGAUGAAUACUGGGUUUAACAACCCAUCUAGUAACUUAAAUAACUCGGCAUUCUACAAACAGAAGUAUGAAAAUAACGAUGCCGUGAAUGGCGCGAAUCAAGGCAAGAAUGAAUAUCUGCCUUAUGGGGGCCAAGGGGCAAACAAUAAGUACUACGCGCCGCACACAGGGGGCAACAGCGGUAGUAAUGAUGGGGGAAUCAUGAACAGGAUGCACUCGCAGAACGACGCCUUCAUGAGCUACGACAACCAAAAUAAAAAGGGAAAUAUGUACAGUAGCGAAAAUGCCAACAGGAAUAGACUAAAUUAUGCGUUUAAUGCGAACGCCGGAAAUAUGGGUCACAUGGGAACAAGCGGAAAUAAUGGGUACCCAGAAAUGAGUAACCCGUCCGGUGCUAACCGAAGCGGCAUGGACGCAACACAUAAUUUUUACCCGCACUCUUCAGGGAACCCCAAUUUUAAUAAUCCGGGGUCCUCCAAUGCGAACCACUUGAACAGCAUGGCUCCCAGCGAUAACGCAAAUUUUACCAAAAGGGAGUGUCUAAACGUGGAUAAUAACUAUUACGCACCCCAUGUACAAAAUCAAGGAGGCUACCAUUUUGAAAAUGCAGGCGGUGCGAACACAAACGUAAAUUUUAACGCUCAAUCGGAUUUUGGCAACAAAGGAACAACAAGUACUUUCAACAACGUCGGCGUUGUAACGAACCCAGGCGUAAAUAGCAACCCCAAUUUGAAUAAAAUUAAUUUGACGAAUAACAAUGCAGCGAAUAGUACGAACUUUUUUCCUGGAGCAACAGGGGCUGGGAGAAGCACUAAUAAUAAUCCCAACAUGAAUAGUGCAGAUAGCCAAAAUGUUAACAAUGAGGAAGAGGAUAAUGACGACUGGGGAGAACUAGGGGAGGAUAAGUAUAUAGACAUUAAUUCCAUUAUUAAAAAAAAAAAUGUUAUUCUGAAUCAGCUAGCUGAUUUGAAUAUGUCCAAAAAGGGAAAGGACAACAAGAACAAGAAAAAGGCCAAGGGGAAGAAGGAUGAUGAACCGUUCUUUCUGACAGGGGCAGAUGCGAGUACGUCACUUGGAGAGAAGAAAAAGAAUAAAAAAAAUAAAAAUAAAAAUGCAAAGGGGGGUGGUAAUAAUAAGGAGAAGGAGAAGGAGAAGGAGAAAGAGAACGAGAGUGGUGGAAAGAACGCCAAGGAUGCAGAAAAUGGAAGCAAUGAUCAGUCAGCCGGCAAGAACAAGGGAAAGAAGGGAAAUGUCGGUAGCGAAACGGAUAGCAAAAUGAACGAAGGAAGCACAUCAGAAGAUCGAGCAAACGAAACGAAUGAUAAUGCCUGUACGAAGAAGGACGAAACGAAUGAACUUGACAAAAAUGAUGACUCACAGCAACAGCAAAAUGGCGAGAAAAAAGAAAUCACAGAAAAACCAGCCAAAGCUAUAUAUGUGUUUAAGAGAAAAGAAAAUAUGUCCCCCCUGGAGUAUAUGGAAAGACAAAUAAAAAGUCUUCUGAACAAAUUAACAGUGGAAAAUUUUCCAAUCAUUACAGAAAAAAUGUGCCAAAUUAUGGACUCACGUACCAAUACAGACGAAAUACAAACUGUUGUAAAUGAAGUGAUUAACAAAGCUGUUUUGGAACAUGACUGGUCAGAAAUGUAUGCCGAUGUUUGUCAAGCGUUGAAAUGGAGAUCUCCAAAUUUUGAAAUGAAAAAAAAAUCCUCCUUCGAGAUUGCACUGUUAAAAAAAAUCCAAGAAGAAUAUGAAAAUUUACCAAGCACCUUCGAAUCGACCAUGAAGGAAAAAUUAAAAAAUGACGAAAAUGAAGAAGAGUUAAGUUUCGUUGAGCAAAAACAAAAGAAAAGAUUAUUUGGAAUUGUAAAAUUGAUAGGGGAAUUAUUUCAAAGACAAAUUGUAUCCAUAUCGAUUGUAAUUAGCAUAGCACAUGAUUUAUUAAUAGCUUUUGAGGAACCGAAGGAAUAUUGCAUUGAAGCCUUCCUCCAGUUAAUUUAUUCCACAGGAUUUUUUAUCGACAAGAUGGAAAAGUAUAAGAACAUUUUAGACACCUGGUUUGGUCGACUUAAAGAAUUGCAAAGAAAAAAAAUGUAUUCCAAAAGGAUAAAAUUUGUAAUUCAAGAUGUUUUUGAUUUGAGAUUAUCCGAGUGGAGAAAGAAGACGCAUAAGGACACAGCCAAAGGUUUGAAUGAAUUGAGAUCCCAACUCGAGACGGAAGAAAUGAUGGGAGGAUCCAUUCACCUGGCGCAGCUCGGAAAUAUAGUUAUUGUUGGGGAGAGGCAUAAUAUCAGGAACAAUGAGUCCUACUCCAAGUAUAUGCAGGAACAGGAGAGACUUAGCAAGGCAAACCAGAAGAAGUGA